AGAUCUCCAUUUUAUUUCCACCCCUAUUUCUCCGCGUCAUAUAUUCUUCCCUCUCGCCAUCGCCGAUUACCCAUCUUAGGCAGAUUUUCCGAUCGAUUUGUUCCACGCAAAAUUCAUCCGCGAUAGCUUCAAGGAAUCAGGACGAAUCCCUCACGUUUUUCCUUUUGAUCGGAAAGUACAUUCUUGAUUCCUAAAGACUACAAGAAGGUGAAUCAUGGAUUCUAAUCAACAAAAAAAGGGUGCUUCAUCGAGAUCUCCAUGUAAUACUCCGCGUUCAACGGAUAAAUCAACUCGGGACCUGCGAACGGCUGACUUAAACUCGAAUUCGAGUAGCAAGAAUGAUAAAGAUAAGGGUGUGAAUAUACAGGUGAUCGUGCGUUGCAGACCUUUAAAUUCCGAGGAGACGAGGUUACAAACACCGGUUGUGAUUACAUGCAAUGAACGUAAAAGGGAAGUAGCAGUAGCUCAGAGCAUUGCUGGCAAGCAGAUUGAUAGAACAUUUCUGUUCGACAAGGUCUUUGGUCCAACAUCCCAACAAAAGGACUUGUAUCACCAUGCAGUUUCUCCAAUAGUGUUUGAGGUUCUUGAUGGGUAUAAUUGCACCAUCUUUGCAUAUGGGCAGACAGGAACAGGAAAGACAUACACAAUGGAAGGAGGAGCAAGAAAGAAGAACGGUGAAAUUCCAACUGAUGCAGGUGUCAUCCCAAGAGCAGUGAAACAGAUCUUUGAUAUUCUGGAGGCUCAAAGUGCUGAAUACAGUGUGAAAGUUUCAUUUCUAGAGCUCUACAAUGAGGAACUAACAGACCUUUUAGCUCCAGAAGAAACAAAAUUCUCGGAUGAUAAAUCAAAGAAACCUCUAGCCCUAAUGGAAGAUGGAAAAGGUGGUGUCUUUGUCCGAGGAUUAGAAGAAGAAAUAGUGUGUACAGCUGAUGAGAUUUACAAAGUCUUGGAGAAAGGUUCAGCCAAGAGACGCACUGCAGAGACCCUUCUUAACAAACAAAGUAGUAGAUCUCACUCUAUAUUUUCAGUUACAAUCCACAUAAAGGAAUGUACUCCAGAGGGAGAGGAGAUUAUCAAAAGUGGAAAGCUAAAUCUGGUAGAUCUGGCCGGUUCGGAGAACAUUUCACGCUCCGGUGCUCGAGAGGGUAGAGCCAGGGAAGCAGGGGAGAUUAACAAAAGUUUGCUCACACUUGGGCGUGUCAUAAAUUCUUUGGUUGAGCACUCUGGUCAUAUUCCUUAUAGAGAAAGCAAAUUGACAAGACUGUUGAGAGACUCCUUGGGAGGAAAAACCAAAACAUGUAUAAUUGCUACAUUUGCACCCUCUGUUCAUUGCCUGGAAGAAACACUCAGUACCCUUGAUUAUGCACACCGUGCCAAAAAUAUCAAGAAUAAACCAGAGGUUAACCAGAAGAUGAUGAAAUCAGCCAUCAUGAAAGAUCUGUACUCUGAAAUUGAACGGUUGAAGCAAGAGGUAUAUGCGGCGAGGGAGAAAAAUGGGAUUUAUAUUCCAAAAGAGAGGUAUCUUCAAGAAGAAGCAGAGAAAAAGGCAAUGACUGAAAAGGUAGAACAAAUGGAAGUUGAGGCAGAAGCUAAAGACAAGAAAAUUGUUGAGCUUCAAGAGCUGUAUGAUUCUGAGCAGCUUGUAGCUGCGGAAUUGAGAGAGACGCUUGAUAAGACUGAGAUAAAACUCAGGGAAACUGAACAAGUUUUGUUUGAUCUCGAAGAGAAACAUAGACAAGCAAUUGCAACAAUUAAAGAGAAGGAGUUUUUGAUAUCUAAUCUCCUUAAAUCUGAGAAAACACUUGUCGAGCGUGCUGUUGAGCUUCGGGCAGAGCUGGAUAACGCAGCUUCAGAUGUCUCCAUAUUGUUUGCCAAAAUUGAGAGGAAGGACAAGAUCGAAGACAGUAAUAGAUUGCUCAUCCAAAACUUCCAGUCACAACUAACAAAGCAACUUGAGCUAUUGAACGGCACCACGGCAGCUUCAGUGAAUCAGCAGGAAAAACAAUUGAAAAACAUGGAGGAAUUUAUGAGUUCUUUUGUAUCAGCAAAGACUGAGGCUACUGAAAGGCUAAGGGGAAGUUUAGCACAGUUGAAGACAAAAUAUGAUUCAGGUGUCAAGUCUUUCGAAGAUAUAGCAGAGAAGCUUGAUGGAAACAGCCAAUCAACUUUGGAUGGAUUGAACUCAGAAGUGUCAAAGCAUUCGCAUGCUUUAGAGGAUCUCUUUCAAGGAUUUACCACGGAGGCUUAUGCAUUACUCGAACGACUUCAAGGUAGCCUUCACAAGCAAGAGGAGAAGCUUUCGGAUUUCGCACAACAACAACGUGACUUACAUUCAAGAUCAUUGGAAUCUACUCGAUCUGUCUCCACGGUAAUGUUGGAAUUCUUCAAGACUCUAGACAUGCAUGCUUCAAAGCAAAAAGAACUUGCACAUGAAGCACAAAGUGUCAAUGAGCAGAAAUUAUCAACGUUCCAGAAGCAAUUUGAGGAGUCCAUAGCAAAUGAAGAGAAACAUUUGCUUGAAAAAGUGGCGGAAUUGCUGGCAAGUUCGAACGCUAGAAAGAAAGAACUGGUCCAAAUGGCUGUGCAAGAUAUUCGUGAUGGCUCAUCUUCCCAAACCUCAGCAUUACAACAGGAAAUGUCUGCAAUGCAGGAUUCAGCUUCCUCCAUCAAAGCCGAAUGGAAUUCUCACAUGGGCAAAACAGAAUCUCACCAUAUCGAUAAUAUGUCCGCAGUUGAGGCUGCAGAGCAAGAAAUGCAAGAUAUACUUUUGAAAUGCCUGGAGAAUGCAAGAACUGGAAAGCAACAACAGGAAACCGCUCAGGAAUCUUUUUUGAGUCUACAAAACAAAAAUGUUGCCUCUGUAGAUUCUAUCAUCCGAGGAGUGAAGGGAACCAACGAAAACCUACGAGCUCAGUUCUCAUCUGCUGUCUCGACGACUCUACGAGAUGUGGAUUCUGCAAACAGCGAUAUCCUCUCGUCAGUUGAUGACUCGUUCCAAAUAGACAAAGAAGCAUGCACCAAUGUCAAUUCCUUGAUCGUUCCUUGUUCCGAGAGCUUGAAAGAACUGAAGACCGACCAUGAAAGCAACGUCACAGAAAUCAAAGACAACACCGGAAAAUGUCUUUGUGAUGAUUACAAGGUGGAUGAACCAUCAUGUUCGACGCCAAGGAAGAAAAACUACAAGAUUCCGACGGUUGGGUCUAUCGAGAAACUCAAAGCUCCAGCAUUCGAGGAACUGCUUAAGGAGUUCCGAGGUUCGAAGUCUCCUAAAGAACAAUCAAACGGAGAGGUAAAACACAACAGUAGUAACGGUCUUUGUCUAUCUGUGUCAGAACCUCGAUCUCCAUUAACGGCCAUCAACUGAAAAACCAGAACAAACAAUAGGGCAGAGACCGGAACAGAAGAAGAGAUCAAAGUGUUGAUCCUAGUUUCUUCAGAUGAUUGUUUUACACGAAGCAUUAAGACAUGAAAAAGAGUGUAUUAUAGCAAGAAAUCUCUAAGAUUUUGGCUUGUUAGAUUCUUA